AUGCUCAGCGAGGUGGGUGCAGGCUGGAACGUCCUCGCAGUGAGCUCUGGGGUGGGCAGGGUGAUGCUGCGGGGCUGGUUGGGGUCCCACCACUCGCUCCUCUCCACCAGGCACGCCCAGAGCCCAGCCAUGAGCUCCCAGCGCCUGCCGCAGGCUCGGAGGUUCCCCAUUGAGGCCGGCGACUGCCCCAGCUCAGAGGUGCCCCCUGAGGCACAGGAGCCCCCCGACACUGAGCGGUCUGUGGGGAGGCAGCUGCGGCGAUGCCCCGGCAGCCACUGCCUGACGCUGCCCAACGUCCCCAUUGACGUGUUCAUCGCGAUGGGCGGCAGCGGCCGGCCCCGCACCGCCUGAUGGCGCCGGAGCUGCCGAGGACAC